AUGCCGGGGAGCUUGCUGAGGGACCGCGUGUUUGGUACGGUCAUGGUGGCGGCGGCGGCCCGCGGGCGGGAUGAGUUUGUGGUCGUUUCGGUACCGCUCAGGGAUCUCCAGGGUUCGGAUUUGGCUGGACUGGUUAAGGAGAAGGGUAUCAUUAUCGGAGCGUACGUGAGCGUUGAGAGGAUUCGCCGCACCGAACUGGGGCAGAUCGAGUGGCUCAUGGCCACGGCAUCGGAUGCGAAGGGCGUGCUGCCCAUGUGGGUGCAGACGAGGGCGGUCGUCGGGGUUGUCGCGAAGGACGUUGAGCUCUUCUUGUCGUGGAUUGCAGACAGGAGGGACAAGGGAGAGGCUGCCGAAUGGACGAGUACCCGAGACGCUGGUCAGUAA